CCCACCCCCCACCCCGCUUUGCUCAGCGGUGCUCACGCCUGCUGGGCGUGGGGCGCGGGCCGGGUGCUGCGCGGGGCUCCGGGGCUCCGGGGCGCUCGCUCCAGCUGCCGCUGCGGAUAUGUCGGGUCCGCGAGCGGGAUUCUACCGGCAGGAGCUGAACAAAACAGUAUGGGAGGUGCCGCAGCGGCUGCAGGGCCUCCGCCCGGUGGGCUCCGGCGCCUACGGCUCGGUCUGCUCGGCCUACGACGCGCGUCUGCGCCAGAAGGUGGCUGUGAAGAAGCUGUCUCGCCCUUUCCAAUCCCUGAUCCACGCGAGGAGGACCUACCGCGAGCUGCGCCUCCUCAAACACCUGAAGCACGAGAACGUCAUAGGGCUUCUGGACGUCUUCACGCCGGCCACAUCCAUCGAGGAUUUCAGCGAAGUGUACCUGGUGACCACCCUGAUGGGCGCUGACCUGAAUAACAUCGUCAAGUGCCAGGCACUGAGCGAUGAGCAUGUUCAGUUCCUCGUCUACCAGCUGCUGCGUGGGCUGAAGUAUAUCCACUCGGCAGGCAUCAUCCACCGGGACCUGAAGCCCAGCAAUGUGGCGGUGAAUGAGGACUGCGAGCUCAGGAUCCUGGACUUCGGGCUCGCGCGCCAGGCCGAUGAGGAGAUGACUGGAUACGUGGCCACACGUUGGUACCGGGCGCCAGAGAUCAUGCUGAACUGGAUGCACUACAACCAGACAGUGGACAUCUGGUCCGUGGGCUGCAUCAUGGCUGAGCUUCUCCAAGGAAAGGCCCUCUUUCCAGGCAAUGACUACAUCGACCAGCUGAAGCGAAUCAUGGAGGUGGUGGGCACACCCAGCCCUGAGGUUCUGGCAAAGAUAUCCUCGGAGCAUGCCCGGACAUACAUCCAGUCUCUGCCCCCCAUGCCCCAGAAGGACCUCAGCAGUGUCUUCCAUGGAGCCAACCCUCUGGCUGUAGACCUCCUUGGAAGGAUGCUGGUGCUGGACAGUGACCAGAGGGUCAGUGCAGCUGAAGCCUUGGCCCAUGCAUACUUCAGUCAGUACCAUGAUCCUGACGACGAGCCAGAGGCUGAACCCUAUGAUGAGAGUGUUGAGGCCAAGGAGCGCACGCUGGAAGAGUGGAAGGAGCUUACUUACCAGGAAGUCCUUAGCUUCAAGCCUCUGGAGCCAUCACAGCUGCCUGGCACCCAUGAGAUUGAGCAGUGAAGCCUGAGGGGAGGCCUGGGCCUGCCCCCUUUCCUCAGCUUUCCAGUUUUCCUCAAGAGGUGCCUCUCAGGCAGCCCUGGCACGUAACCUGGGACCCUUUGCCUUGAGAAAACGCUACACAUCUAACACACAUGAAUGCACGGAUGUGUACAUAUGCCUGCCAUUAUGUGUUGGAGUCCAGGCAGUAGUGUUUUCUGGGCCUACCUUGGUCCACCCAGGUUCUCCUUGGGACCUCCGGGGGGGACCUGAAUGUGUCCCUGUCUGGAAUCUCUUCUGCUCUGAAGACUCUGGAUUGGGAGGAAGGCAAAUGGGCCAUGGCCCCCGAAGACUCUGAGGGGGUGGGUGUCACAGUGGUUGGAGCAGCUCAACCUGGAAGUGAGUGGCUGAAAGCUGAGGCAGGGCCUGUGCCCACCACCCAACUGAGUGGAGUUUCCCCUGGGGGUGGCAAGGCAGAGACCAUCACCAGGUAUCUAAUCAGAAAAGCCAGCUGCAGCGUUGUGUCUGCCUGUGAUAUGUGGACAAAUGGGCAUGAGUGUAUGUUCCUGGUGUACAUAUCAGAGCAUAUGCAGGCAGGUGCUGGUGUGUAUGAAUCUGUGAGCACCCAAAGGUCAGCAGCCAUUUCUGGUAGGGCACCUAAGAUGGAGACACUCUUGCCUCCCCUUCCCCAAGUUCCUGUUACCUAAUGGGUCUUGAGACCCAGUUGUGAACUAGACUAAGGCUCGGAGAGGUGCCAAGAUCCAUUCGUUUGAGCCCAAACCAGGACCUUUCUGCCAGGGUGUAGGAGCUGCUGCAGGAUCCUGGGGCACAAGGACACAAUGCCUGCUGGGAAGCUGAUGAAAGAGGGGGGGGGGUCUAAUCUCAAGGAUGCUAGGUGGACAGCGCCCAUGAAUAUGCACUUGGACAGUCUUGCUCCUGGACCUUGAUUCAAAGCUGACAAACGUCUGUCCACAUUCUACCUCCACCUACCCUUGUACCUCUGCAGCUGGUGUGGGGUGCUGUGGUCUGUGGGGCACCCCUCAUCUCCCCGUUCCCCAGAGAGGAGCUGACCAAGUAACUUUGGAGGUAGGGCGCUGUUGGAAGGCGGGCUGGCGGUGUGGCUCCUCCCCGAAGAGAUGAUGAACUUCUGCUAUCAGGGAUCAGGGGGCUCUGGAUGUCAAGUGCCUGCACUUAGUGUGCACAAUAAAGGGGUUUCCCUGUU